GGUGAGUCGCUGCUGGAUCGCUUAUCUGAGAUCUCAAAGUCCGUCUCGCGUCUGUGCGCGCUCCCCUCUCCGCGGACCUGCCAUGGAUGUUGCUGCUCCUGGAUGUCUAUUCUUUAUCAUUUUCCUGUACUUUCAGAACGCGGAAUCUCUUUACAUCGCCGACAGUAUAGAUUCCCUGCAGCAUGUCCUGAGGGAGUACGGGCUAGUGAAGCCGGUGAGCGUGGAUGGAGACGGACGCUUCCUCUCCCACGCCGUCUCUGCCAGCCGGCUGAGUGGGCAGUGGUCCCAUCGGCGCAGGAGGAGGCAGGCCAACCAGCAUGGAGAGACCAAUGAGUCGGAGACGGACUCAGAGCAGGACCACCUGAAGCACGAGGAGACGCUGUUCUACAACGUUACUGUUUUCGGACAGGACCUUCACCUUCGCCUCAGGCUAAAUUCCAGGCUCGUGGCCCCAGGAGCCAAAGUGGAGUGGCUGGAGGAUGAUAACCAAACGCACUCUGAACCCUUGUUGCCCAGUAACUGUUUAUAUGUGGGUCAUGUUACCAACAUGCAGAACACAUCAGUGGCUAUCAGCAAUUGUGAUGGCCUGGCGGGGAUGAUCCGAGCAGGUCAAGAGGAGUUUUUUAUCGAGCCGCUGGAGAGAGAAGCAGACAUGACAGGAGAAGAGGAAGGAGGGUCCGGACGACAUCACAUCGUCUACCGCUCCUCUGAUAUCAAGAGGCCGCCUGUCAAUCAGCCCGCCGACUUUCACCCCAAAGGGUCCCCUCUGGGCGGUCUAGCUGGAAUGAAGGAUUUACACCACAGUGUUAUGACGAAAGCAAGUAAAGCACGAGCCCGCAGAGAGACAUAUGAAGAUGAAAUCUUUAACAUUGAGGUUCUGUUGGGGGUCGACUGCUCUGUGGUGAUGUUUCAUGGCAGAGAGCACAUCCAGAAGUACCUGCUGACCCUCAUGAACAUUGUGAAUGAGAUUUAUCAGGACAGUUCUCUGGGUGCCCAUAUCAAUGUUGUGCUGGUUAGAAUCAUGAUGCUGUGUUCACAAAAGUCCAUUGGUUUGAUUGAGCUGGGUAACGCCUCUCAGAGUCUGGAGAACGUCUGCCGCUGGGCUUUCCUCCAGCAGAAGGAAGACAAAAACGAUGCGGAAUACCACGAUCACGCCAUCUUUCUCACCAGACAAGAGUUUGGGCCCACUGGCAUGCAGGGUUAUGCUCCUGUGACAGGAAUGUGUCACCCUGUAAGAAGCUGCACAUUGAACCACGAGGACGGCUUCUCCUCUGCUUUCGUGGUGGCCCACGAGACAGGACAUGUUCUGGGAAUGGAACAUGAUGGCCAGGCGAAUGAAUGUGGAGAUGAGGUGCCUAUGGGCAGUAUUAUGGCUCCUCUGGUUCAAGCAGCCUUUCAUCGCUUUCACUGGUCCAGAUGCAGUUAUCAGGAACUAGGGAGAUACCUCAGUACAUAUGAUUGUCUGCGUGAUGACCCGUUUGAUCAUGAGUGGCCGACUCUACCCCAGCUGCCCGGUCUUCACUACUCUAUGAAUGAACAGUGUCGAUUUGACUUUGGCACGGGCUACAUGAUGUGUACUGCGUACAGCACCUACGACCCGUGCAAGCAGCUGUGGUGCAGCCAUCCCGAGAACCCUUUCUUCUGCAAGACCAAGAAGGGCCCUCCUAUAGAUGGAACCAAGUGUGCAACAGGGAAGAACUGUUUCAAGGGCCACUGUAUUAAGUUGACACCGGACAUUCUCAGGCAGGACGGCCACUGGGGACUGUGGACCAAGUUUGGUUCUUGUUCUCGCACCUGUGGCGGUGGAGUUCGGUUCCGCACUCGUGAGUGUAACAACCCGAUACCAGCCAAUGGGGGGCGCACUUGUUACGGAAACAACUAUGAGUUCCAGCUGUGCAAUAUUGAGGAUUGCGAAAAGGACCUGGCUGACUUCAGAGAGGAGCAGUGCAUCAUGUGGAACCCCCACUUUGAGCAUGAGGGCACCAAACACCAUUGGCUGCCUUUCGAACAUCCUGAUCUCGAGGAGAGAUGUCAGCUGUACUGUCAGUCAAAGGAGACCGGAGACGUGGUGUCCAUGAAGAGAAUGGUGCACGACGGCACCCGUUGCUCCUACAAAGACCCUUACAGUGUGUGUGUGCGGGGAGAAUGUGAGAAAGUGGGCUGUGACCAUGUGAUCGCGUCUGAGCAAGAGGACGAUAAGUGUGGGGUGUGUGGGGGAGGCAAUUCAACCUGCAAGAUCGUGAAGGGCAACUUUACCCGCAGCACAAGAAAACCAGGUUUUCUGAAGAUUCUGGAGAUUCCCAGAGGGGCACGCCACAUUAUUAUUCGUGAAUUCAAAGGAACCCCACACAUUCUAGCGGUGAAGAACCAAGCCACGGAUCAUCUGUUUUUGAACGACGAGGGUGAUUUUCCAGAGUCACGUACGGUGAUCGAGAAAGGCGUGGCGUGGGAAUACACUAACAAUGAUGACAUGGAGACGCUCCAAACGACUGGACCGCUCAAAUAUGGAGUUCUCAUUAUGGUUCAGUCUCAAAGUUUUUCUAAGGUCACGCUUUCAUACAAAUACAUCCUGCCGGAGGACCCCCUUUCAUCCAUGGAGAACACGCUGCCUCAAGACGACACGCUUUACUUCGAGUGGGCAUUGAGGAAAUGGUCACACUGUUCCAAGCCGUGCGGUGGAGGGAAGCAGUAUACAAGAUUUGGCUGCCGGAGGAAGUCGGAUGGCAAAAUGGUCCACCGCACACUCUGCUCCAACAUACCCAAACUUCGCGCCAUCAGCCGAGCCUGCAACCAGAAGGAAUGCUCGGAACCAAUCUGGGUCUCAGGCGAAUGGGAGGAGUGCAGUAAAUCGUGCGGUAAAUCUGGUACUCAUACACGACCUGUUCGCUGUGUCAGAGCUGAACUGGACGGUUCGUACAAAGCCAUCAAUGCCAAAUACUGUAAUGAUGAUCGGCCCGAGGGACGCCGGGCAUGUAAUCGUCAUCUGUGCCCUGCGCAGUGGAGAACCGGACCCUGGUCUCAGUGCUCGGUGACGUGUGGUAAUGGAACUCAGGAACGGCAGGUUAUGUGCAGCACCCCUGACAAUGCCAUCGGCAUCUGUAUGGACAACAAACCUGAGAACAUCAAAACCUGUCUGCUGACCCCAUGUGCAAAUGACCGAGGGAACUUCCUCAUCCAGUGGCUCUCCAGAGCAGACCCCGAGCUCCCCGCACCCAAGAUCUCCUCUAGGUUACGCUGCAAAGGAGACAAAUCCAUUUUCUGUCGGAUGCAAGUUCUCAAUAAAUAUUGCUCCAAUCCCGGCUACAGGCAGAUGUGCUGCAAAUCCUGCAAAGAAGGCAACUACACUGCUGAAUUCAACCUUACCAGACCCUGGACCUUCACCACUUUUGCACCUUCAAUAACCUCCAUUCCUGCUCACACCACACCGAAGCCCAAAACCCCUUUAACAAUCACACCAUCAGUAAGCAGAUGGAGACCCACCACCGACCCUACACCUUCGAACUGCGUGACCACUUUGACCCCCACCAACAACAAGAGCCCUUUUCCCACUACAGACAAUCGCCGUCCCAGCACGGCCCAUUUUGAAGAAGAUACCAGCGUCCCCUUCAGCGAGGAGGAAACAUGGAGUGAAACUUCAACAGUACAUAUAGUGGAGUACAUCUCUCCAUCUACAAAGCCAUGGCCAACCACUCCCCAAUACACAAGUGCUCAUGAUGACCUCGACACCACUCGAAUGACUGCGACAAGCCCUCCUGCUAUAAUAAGGCUCCAUAAAUCAAAUGAUAAGAAGGAGAAUAACUCCAUUGACGUUUCUUACAGCAUUGUCAAUACAAAUGAAGUCUCACACAACCACCCCAUACCCAGAAAGCUAUUCCCAUUCCGAGAGAAAACGAAAAAUAAAAGAAUCCAAGAGCUCCUUGCAGAGAAGAGGAAAAACCAGGAGACUGAGAAAUAGCUUCUUGUGUUUGCUUAUCCCUGUUGAUCCUGUGGUGUUUUGUGAGUCUUUUUUCGAGGGAUUUUAAAGCCGCUACACUCACUCAUGGCAUUUAUGUUAUUAUUCAGGAAAUUGCAGCAGAUCUCAGUCUUUUGUGCGGUGUCUGUUGAGGCGUUUCAACACAUGCGAUCCUGAAAGAAAAACGACCGUAAUCGACGCUUAACGAAAAUGCAAAAAACCUUUGCGGGGAUUUGCCACGUUUGAAAACAGAUGGAAUAAACACAGGAGAGAAUUUGAAUUUCCAUUCGUCAGCUUCAGUCUGCAAGAUCAAAAGGAUAUUAUGAAUGCACUCGAAUGAAAGCUGGUUGCAUGUGUCCCUGUUUUGUAAUGAAGAGGCCCUAUAAUCAUGAUUUGUAUUUGGACACCAAAAAACAUUUUGCAAUAUUUCUCUGACCUGUCAUUCUAAAAGGUUUUGGAUUCAUUGUUGAAUGUUUUUCCAACAUCUGGUUCAUCUGCUGCAAUUCUCUAAAUUACAGAUUUUAUAACACUGACUGUCCAGUUACAAGAAUCCUUUAUAACACUGUUUAUUUAUGUUGAGCCAAAUGUUGAAAAACGCUGUUUUCAUACCAAUUGGGAGCUGUUCACACAAGACACACUCACUCAUGUGUUUAAAAACAUUUACCUAACAAACACAGAAUGUUACCCUAACAUGAGUAUUUGCUUCCCAUUUGUAACUUUUUGGGAAACAAAAAAUAUUGUUUUUUAGGUGUUAUUCCUGCAACCAAUAAAUAACAUUGCCAGAACGUUGCAAGAAAGGUUAUUUAUAGACAACCUAAAAAUAAUCUUCCUUAGUAAUUAUUUAUAAGUUUGAAAUUUUGCGAACAAAAACUAACCUACUCAGAACAUUAUGGGGACAAAAUAUUUAGCUGGAUAGGCAUAUUGCUUGGAUGCAACACACAGCAGGUGUCUUAAACACCUUAAAAAAUGAUUAUGAUCAGCUUCUAUCAUGUUUUAAAAUGUGGCAGCCAUGAGAUUACAGCAAAGUGACACAACAGUCGAAAACCUUGAUCAACCUAGAAUGUUUCUCUGGUUGUACAUUUGGUUAACAACCAAAAACUAACCUUCCCAGAAUGUUCUAGAAACCAACAAUCCAGCUUGGACCACAGUAGCCCUUUACAAAGUAUACUCUAGACAGGGCAUUUGGGACACAACCCAUAAGUAAAAUAUGCAAACAUUAUGUUGAAAGCCUUUGUUAUUCAGAAUCAGGAUAACAAAGUUCAAAAAUGGGAUAGAAAAAGAAUCAACAUUUUUUUGAAGGCAGGGAUGAGUCCUGUGUGAACGGCUCUUAAGAUCAUACGAAACAUUCCACAAUGACUAUUUCUUAGCUCAUUCAUCUUACUUAAGAUUUCAGUCAUCUAUUCAAGCUACAGAUUAAUGUUUGUAAAUAUGUACUAGAAUUUUAUUUUUUGUAUUUAUUAUUGACGUACCUGUGCUUUUCCCGAAGGCAUAUCUGUCCAUUUUGCGCUUUUUUUUGUGCAUGCGGCAUGAGUGAGAAUUCUGCACAUAUCAUGAAGCAGGUCAUGGACCAAUACUAUGAUUUAUUCACCACAUUGUCUGAGCACUGCAUUGGGGUUCUACAUUCUUGAUUCAUCACAUUCUUUAAUAAAUACGUUUGCAAUGAA